ACCUGUGCGGCCUCUGGCUCUAAAGGACCCGCAGGUGCGCAGGUGCCUCAAUCCGCAUCAGUCAGAGAGAAGCUGUUCGGCCUGGAGCGACCAUGGCGUCUGCACUGAUGGCUCGGGUUUGGAUCGUCGUCAUUCUAGCCCAGCACAACAACGCAGAGAGCCACCGGUGCGCACGUGGACGUUCGGCCGAUCAGGACGAGUUAUGCGGCGGCAGCGAGAAGCCGUUCAGGUCGGUGACUGAUGACCGGAAGCACCGUCGCCUCCCAGCGUUGGUUCGGAAUUUACUCACAGAUUUUAUCACCAAAAAAGGAGGAGCAGUGAGACAGUGGAAGACCUCCAGUGCACCAUUAAUGGAUAUACCCAAGUUACCAGACAGGGACUCUGGCCUUGAACUUUCAUUCAUGGAUGAUACUGGGAGACUGUGCCCCAAGUCGGCAGCUUGUUCCCCGACUUUGUCAAACAACGUUCGGAAGAAUCAUGUGAGGAGGGCUCUAGAAGAACCAGAUUUUCUUGAACUGUGGACGUUUGAUGAAACACCUGUUGAACCAUUUGAUUCAGAAUUGAUAGAAACAACAACGCAGACGACAACUGUUGCAGAACCAGCAGAACCAACAAUUGUGGUUACUGAUUCAUUUGAGGAAACUGAUUCUGACUUUGACUUGGAUCAGUUUUUGGGACUUGGAGAAAUUCCUGAAGAGCCGUUCACAGGAGUAGACAUAGAAACACCACCAACACCACCAACAACAACAACAACAACAACCAGCGCCACUGGUGGUCCUGUUCUUCCCACUAUUCCAACUGUCAUUGAUUCUGACUCAGAAUUUAAUAUAUUUUGGGGACUUGAAGAAAUUCCGGAAGAGCCGUUCACAGGAGUAGACAUAGAAACACCACCACCACCAACAACAACAACCAGUGCCACUGGUGGUCCUGUUCUUCCCACUAUUCCAACUGUCAUUGAUUCUGACUCAGAAUUUAAUAUAUUUUGGGGACUUGAAGAAAUUCCGGAAGAGCCGUUCACAGGAGUAGACAUAGAAACACCACCACCACCAACAACAACAACCAGUGCCACUGCCACCACGCCUGCCCCGGCGACAACGACCACCACGUCUGUCCCGGUGACCACAGCCACCACGCUUGCCCCGGCGACCACGGCCACCACUACGCCUGCCCCAGUGACAACACCCACCACGCCUGCCCCAGUGACAACACCCACCACGCCUGCCCCGGCGACCACAGCCACCACGCCUGCCCCGGCGACCACAGCCACCACGCCUGCCCCGGCGACCACAGCCACCACGCCUGCCCCAGCGUCGUCGACGACCACCACCACGUCUGCCCCAGUGACCACCACACCAGCAGGCUCCACCACGACGCCAGAAGGUUCGACUACUAUGCCAGUGGGCUCCACCACACUCGGGGGCUUCACCACAACACCGGAAGGUUGGACUACGACACAUGCGGGCAGCUACACCACCACGCCAGCCGGUUCCACCACCAUGGCAAAUGGCGGCUAGACCAGAAGUCCCUCCUCCACAAACUUUUCUUAAAAAUAAACAUCAUUGCAUUACUCAG